AGAGUGGGAAGGGCAGCAGCAGCAAAAGAGAAUCCAAACCCCAAAGCUGAUAUCUCAAAGUAUCUUUUCUUGAAGUUGAGGGCUCAGAGGGGAGCCAUCAUGAGCGAUGUUACCAUUGUGAAAGAAGGUUGGGUUCAGAAGAGGGAUGUGGACUGCAGCAUGGAAAUGGAAAGUGACUAAGUCAGGCAUGUCACUGUCCGGAAGGUUGUUCAGUGCAGACACCAAAAUAGAAGGAUUCACUAUUGAUGCCGAGAUCCAUCAGAUGCAGCUUUAGAGUCCUCUUUGGUGGAGCCCACAGGAGGAGAGGAAGCACAAGAUUCAUAGGAUGGCGGGCGGGAGAAUAUAUAAAAAACUGGAGGCCAAGAUACUUCCUUUUGAAGACAGAUGGCUCAUUCAUAGGAUAUAAGGAGAAACCUCAAGAUGUGGAUUUACCUUAUCCCCUUAACAACUUUUCAGUGGCAAAAUGCCAGCUCAUGAAAACAGAACGACCAAAGCCAAACACAUUUAUUAUCAGAUGCCUCCAGUGGACCACUGUUAUAGAACGAACAUUUCAUGUGGAUACUCCUGAGGAAAGGGAAGAAUGGACAGAAGCUAUCCAGGCAGUAGCUGACAGACUUCAGAGGCAAGAAGAGGAGAGGAUGAACUGUAGUCCAACUUCACAAAUUGACAAUAUAGGGGAGGAGGAAAUGGAUGCUUCAACAACUCAUCAUAAAAGAAAGACAAUGAAUGACUUUGACUAUUUGAAACUAUUGGGUAAAGGCACUUUUGGGAAAGUGAUUUUGGUUCGAGAGAAGGCAAGUGGAAAAUAUUAUGCUAUGAAGAUUUUGAAGAAAGAAGUAAUUAUUGCAAAGGAUGAAGUGGCACAUACUCUAACAGAAAGCAGAGUAUUAAAAAACACUAGGCAUCCCUUUUUAACAUCCUUGAAAUAUUCCUUCCAGACAAAAGAUCGUUUGUGUUUUGUGAUGGAGUAUGUUAAUGGAGGAGAGCUGUUUUUCCAUUUGUCGAGAGAGCGGGUGUUCUCUGAGGACCGCACACGCUUCUAUGGUGCAGAAAUUGUCUCCGCUUUGGACUAUCUACAUUCCGGAAAGAUUGUGUACCGUGAUCUCAAGUUGGAAAAUUUGAUGUUGGAUAAAGAUGGCCACAUAAAAAUUACAGAUUUUGGACUUUGCAAAGAAGGGAUUACAGAUGCAGCUACAAUGAAGACGUUUUGUGGUACACCUGAGUACCUUGCACCUGAGGUAUUAGAAGAUAAUGACUAUGGCCGUGCAGUGGACUGGUGGGGUUUGGGAGUAGUCAUGUAUGAAAUGAUGUGUGGGAGAUUACCAUUCUACAACCAGGAUCAUGAGAAACUUUUUGAGCUAAUACUAAUGGAGGACAUUAAAUUUCCUCGAACUCUUUCUUCUGAUGCAAAAUCCUUACUUUCAGGACUCUUAAUAAAAGAUCCAAAUAAACGCCUUGGCGGAGGUCCAGAUGAUGCAAAAGAAAUUAUGAGGCACAGUUUCUUUGUUGGAAUAAACUGGCAAGAUGUAUAUGAUAAAAAGCUGGUACCUCCUUUUAAACCUCAAGUAACGUCUGAGACAGAUACGAGAUAUUUUGAUGAAGAAUUUACAGCUCAGACAAUUACAAUAACACCACCUGAAAAAUAUGAUGAGGAUGGUAUGGACUGCAUGGACAAUGAGAGACGGCCACAUUUCCCACAGUUUUCCUACUCUGCAAGUGGACGAGAAUAAUCCUCUUGAGUUCUGCUGCAUCACUAUCAUCCUAGGUUUAUUAUCAAAAAUGAUUGCUGGGCAUCACCGCCAGUACUAGCUAUUCGCUGAGAUAGCAGGAGCACUUUCAGACGUUGUCCCAAAUUGAACGAGAUCCUUCAUCCCUCUCCCCCUUUUCUCUUCACCCCUGCCCCUUCCAUUCCUCCCUCUCAAACACUCUCACAGGCACGCACACACACAAAGAGACACAAACACACUUGCCUUUUUGUUUUUGCAUGAAAUUUUAUCUCAGUCUAAGGUCUCAUGCUAUUGCUGCUACCGUCUCACUAUUAUAGCAACUUUAAGAAGUAAUUUUACAAUCUUUGGAAGUCAUGAGUCCUCCGUUGUACGUUUGUGCACCAAUUGUCAUCUUUUGUUUUUCCCUCACCUCAGAGGUUAAAAAAGAGAUAAAUUGGUUCUAGAUGCAUUUCUUAACUUUUUAGAAGGUGAAUCAGAAUAUUAAUUAGACUAAGAAGACUUUAGUUCCUAACGUUUUCUUGCAUCUGUUUGUGCUGGUCCAAAUAAGCAAUUUGGAGAGGGUGGUGAUGUGCUUAUGCAAAGCUUGGGUUAGGGCAUAUAAGUACUUGAAGCAGGUAUAUGUCAUUAACAUCUGGCUGGAAUUCAUUUGGAAAGCAUUUGAGCAAAGGACUGAACUAUUGAGAUAUAUAUAUGCAUAUAUGUGUGUAUAUACACACACACACACACACACACAUAAAUUCCUGUUGGCUACUACCGAAGAAGUAGAGGGGCUAGAUUUGCCCAGUGUCACACUUAGACUUCCAAAUUUCAUGUGCAGUCACACAGCCAAGAAAUGAAGGCGGCAUAAACUCAGCAUUCUUAAAGUCGCUUGAAGGGUCUAAUGAAAUGAUUUGCACCAGAGAGCAUUUUUUCCAUGUGCUUGGUAUUUUAAAUUUUUUCCUUCUUGAUGUACAUCACUCCUGAUGGCUAAAGAAUGUAGACAGGCAUAGGGAUCCUGCUUUUCACCAAAACUCGUGCACCAAGAGAAACAGGUGUUUGCCUUCCAUGUUUUUACUUUUACUUUGUUUUAUGUGAAUUAUCUUUUCACAAAUGUUAAGAUCUUUGAAUGUCCUUUGAGGUUGGUUUUGUUUAUAUUGCAGUAGUAUUUAUUUUUUAGUGAUGAAGAUUGCGUGUGUCCUCCUAGCAGAUACAGCUACAACUUACCUAGAUUAGGCUUACAGCAGUUUAGUUUGUCCUACAUGCAAAGGAAUGUACAAGCUGAUGAGAAUCAUGCACUUUUUUCUCCUAUGUGGACAUUUUGACAAGGCUCUGAAAUUGAAAACGCUGCAUAGAAUUUGGCUUCAGGGGAAGAGAUACUGUCAUUUUACCUCCUUGGUGCUGUCAAUGGAGAGAGCCCAACUACCAGGACCAGGGAGUUAACAAAACAAAUGAAUGUUUUUGCUCCUUUGAGAAUUAAUGUAUUAUGAAAGCCAGGCAGCAGAAUAGAAACAAAGGUCUGCUUGGGGUGAAGGAAAUGCUUUCAAGUGGUUUGACACCAGACUGAGGACAAGAAAAGCACUUUACUUGGCACACUGAACGUGAAGAGGACUGAUUGAAGAAACCACCGCUAGGAUGUACCAAGUAGGAAAUAAAGGGUAAGAAAACCCAGCAUGUCUGGGCAGAUCAUGGUACAUUAAUCACUGAAUUGUCAUCAGGGAAAAAAAAAAAGAACACCUCCAAGUUUUCUUUUUCUGUAUAUACUCAUGUCCCCAGAUCCCAACAUUUCUUACUGAAUGGGGCAUGUAUGCAAACCUCAUCUUUCUCCUUUAUUAAUGAUCUUCAGAUUUAAACCCUCUGGUGCUAGGAGCUGACGUUUUCCAAAGCAGCCUGGAAGGCCUGCCAGGCCAGAAGGCUGCUCUUACUACAAGUAGAAGGAAAUCCUUGCUCCAUAGAAUUAUCAUUGAAGUAUUCUGGUUUCACUUUCUUAGCAGCUCCCCCAGUGACAAAUGGCAGCAUUCUGUAGUAUUAUGAUUGUGUUGUAUGAAAGAGAUAGGAAAAAUAAUAUUCAUAUGCAGAUGUCUUAGCUGCUUGAUGCUGAAAGUGUGGAUUUCAUGCGAGACCACUGCUGGCAGUGGCUACACUGGGGCUGACAAGGGGGAUAAAGGGCAUUUUAUUAAGGCAGCUAAGACACAUUCAGACAUAGACUUUAUUCUAGUUUUUCAUAUUUCUGAGUGAAGUUCAUAUUUAAUAUUAAGUGGACAAUUAAAGCAAGAGAUAUCUCACUUUUGCUUAUACUUAUGGAUUUCAUCUUUUUACUUGGUAAUGUAUUGAGUUUCAUCUUUGGAAAAGAAAGUAGGAAUAGUGAUCACAUCCCAUAAGUUGUUUUGCACUCAUUACAUAAGAAAGCAUCAGAUGAGCCGAGGACAUGAGAGCUGGGGACUGGCUGACUGACCAUUCUGAGCUUUGGCUCCUUGGAAUGCCCUUUGUGGACCAGCAGAAAGCCUAUCACCCAUAGGAAAGGCACAUCCACUAGCUUUUUUUUUUAAAUCUUGAGAUAAGUGUUCCUUGUGACCUUGGCACUGGACACUUCCUAAAGAUUAAUGACUGGCUCUGACUGAGCCCCAGGCCAUCAGCUUCUCCCAGCUGGCUCUUAGUCUCCAGCAAAUGGCCUGUGGUUCUCUCCCUGUGCUUAGCCACUCUGCUUUUGUAAUAGCAUAGUCAAGUUUGCAUUUGAGUGUGGCGAAAUAUUGGAAAGCUAUUUCAGGUGGAAUUUGAAAAAGGGUAAAUUGUCUCCCACAUAGCUUUUGAGAAAACUGAUGACUUAUUCAGGACAAACAGAACAUCACUUGGUUUAGAGUUUGGGAAUCUCUGAUUUUGUGCCCCAAAUCUUCAUUUAGCUGGGAAGAGGGAUGAAAAUAAAAACAAAAUCUCAAUGCUAAACAAGAGUUUGGGGUAUGUAUUUGCUCACAACUGACUGUAGUUUUAGAAUUCUGGCCGGUGGAAAGGCCUUGGGACCUGGAAGCCUUCAGUCAGUCAUUGGACAUUCCAGACGUGGUUGAUGCCAGCUUGCACUGACUGUCAUUAAGUGUGCCCUCUGGUGCUGCAGCCAUCUUGGAGGAAGUCGGCUCUUUCUGUGUGGACUGCAGGCAGAGGUGCACACAGCUUUGCGUUCUACACUAACUGCAUCUUCCAACACAUUCCUGUUGCUUAAAGAACAUUAUUCCAGUAUUGUUUUCCAUUUCCCACCCCUGAUUUCUAGCUUCUUAAAACUGACUCUUCUUGCAGGGGCCGUUGUGCUUCUCCUAGAGUACACAAGUAAGGUCCUUCCUUACUAACUGCAGGGUCUAUCUAUUACACCUCAAUGUACACACUUUGCUGCUACUGUUUGUACUGUCUACAGUAGAAUUUCCUUAUCUUGCUCCUGGUAGUGCAUUACAGGCAAGCAUGAACUGUAAAGUAUUUAUUUAAAUAAAGAAAUAAACAACCAUAAAUGACACCUCGAAAUUGGUAAUUGAAUUACCUCCCUGUAGCUUUAGAGUUUGUGACAUUUCUUGACCUUGCUAGUUCUUUCAUUAGAUCCGUGCAAGAUCUAGUCAUCUGGUUAAGGAUUUUAAGCAGACGCGACUAUGAACCCAAGGAACUGUAUUACUCUUACUGUUGGUCAUACUUAAACUGUUUAUUUCCUUAAGUAUAUGACCCACAAGGAUGUGAAAUAACUACAAGAAACUGUUUUUGUACACUGUACAUCCUUAGUAUUUUUACACGUAUAUGAUAGGGAUGCACAUUAUUUUCCUUCGUACAGACAGCUUAAAUAAAGCACUAUGUCAAUCUGCUA